AUGACCGUAACAGCAGCAGAAAUUCUGAAGACAAUCCCGCCAGUCAGUGAAUAUCGUUGGUCGUGUAAGGAUGUUUCCCAGCGGUUCACCGUCGUGAAUCCCGCGACAGGGAAGCCGAUAACUGUCGUCCAGGCCGGAAAUCCCGACACAGCAGAUAAGGCCGUCCAAGCAUCACAAAAGGCAUUCGAGUCGUGGCGAUGGAAGACUCGACAGGAACGCUCAGUCUAUCUCAUACAGGCUGCCGACGAGCUUCAAAAGCACGUCGGUGAAUUGGCCAUUCUGCUAUGCCUUGAGAACGGGAAACCUGUCAAAGAUGCAUCAUUUGAUCUUAUGUUUCUGGUGGGAGUGUUUCGUUACUUCGGAUCUAUUGCCGACAAACUACCUUCGGAAUUUUUCGACCAAGGAAAUAUCUAUUCGAGUGUGAUUUAUGAGCCACAUGGGGUGUGUGUGGGUAUUUUGCCGUUCAAUUGGCCUCCGGUCCAUGCUGGGGGGAAAUUGGCCCCAUGUCUGGCGGCUGGCAAUACCAUGGUCCUAAAGCCAGGAGAGCAGGCUCCGUUGACAUUGAUGCGCAUUGUUCAAAUACUGCAGUCCGUCUUCCCCGAAGAUGUUGUCCAGGCGAUUCCUGGUCUGGGCCCGGAGUUGCCACAGGCCUUGAUCAGUCACCCACUAGUCAAAAUGGUCUCGUUGACAGGCUCUACCGCAUCAGGCUCGAAUGCUGCCCAGCUUGCUGCAGUUACCCUGACCCCUACAGCACUGGAGCUUGGAGGAAAGAAUGCCUUUGUUAUCUUCGAAGACGCUGAUCUAGAGUUAGCUGUGCGCGAUACUGUGGAUGGGGCCUUUUUCAACAAGGGUGAAUCAUGCACCGCCGCAUCACGGAUUUUAGUUCACAAAGACCUUUACCCGACUUUCGUUGAUCGCCUCACAAUAGCAGUCAAGAGGUUGUGCGCCGGUGAUGGACUUGAUGAAAAGACUCACAUCGGCCCUGUUGUGUCUCUGGAGCGUCAACAGGAGAUACUAUCCUAUAUCGAAGAAGGCAAGCGUCAAGGAGCGACUUUAUCUGCGCAGGGAAGCCUACCUACAGCCGAAGACGUCAAACCUGAAAUGACUAUUGCACACAAGGAGAUCUUCGGACCUGUCGUUGUUGUAGGCUCUUUUGAAACGGAAGAGCAAGCCGUCACAAUCGUCAACUCCUCGCAGUACGGACUUUUUGCAGGGGUAUACUCCGCGGACUUCAAUCGAGCUCUGCGAGUUACUCGAAAGUUGGACGUUGGGGUCGUGUUGGUGAAUAAUUACUUCCGCGCCCUUUUGGGAACGCCGUUCGGGGGUGUGAAGGACAGUGGAUAUGGCAGGGAACAUUGGAUUGGAACACUAAGGGAAUGGAGUCGUAUCAAAAACGUUCGCUUCCCAAGCGGACUGGGUACUAUACCAGCUUGGGGUAGCGCUAGUGAUGUAUGCAAGCUGUAG